AUGAGUAUUUCGAAAGCAAUGGUAUUGUUCCCCAAACCUGUUGAGAGACACCAUCUGAACAAAAGAAAGGUGCUCAAGCACGUUGCCAGCCUUUACGAUCCGCUCGGGUUAUUCGCUAAGAUAACUCUUGUGGGCAGGCCUUUUCUCCAAUCUCUCUGGAAAAUUACCCUCUCCUGGGGCAAUGUUUUGCCUAUAAAAAAACUCGAUCAAUGGACUCAGAUUACAUCCACUUGGACAGCAGGACAGCUAACCUUUCCGCGGCUCAUUCUCAACAUCCGUGAUAAUUCAUUGUCAGAGUAUGACCUCCAUGUGUUCACAGACGCCUCAGCUAGUGCUCACUCUGCUUCUUCUUAUAUAGUUCAACGUCUACAAAACGAUAGAUCCUUCUCGAUUCACCUCCUGGACAAAACUCAUAAACUCGGUCUUCUACGUCUUGCGCUUCCUCACUCUAAAAUCAGCACUAGCCAAGCUGCACUUCGGCAACGAUGA